UGAAGCAUAGCCGCAUUGUAAGAUGAGCAAAUAUCUCUACCUACCUAGGUAUGUGUAGGAAAGAUAUUAUAACGAUUUAUAGCUAGGUAGGUACCUACCUUACGUUUUCAACAUCACUUUGAAACCUUCGACAUGGAGAACAGCCUGGAGCGCGAAUUCAAAGACCUUGACUACGAAGAAUUCGACGCGAUGGAUAGAAUUCCUUAUAACAUAAUCGACCCUUGGGACCCGGGGUUGGUAAAAGAUAUCACAAGGAAAAAUGGUCCACUACAUCCACAGCUUGUUGUUAAAUUGAUCCUCCCACCUGAUAAAGAACCCGAUAGAAAUCAGAGAAUGGAAUUCGAUGACACUUCGAAACGCUCAAUUCUCAGAGAAGCCAUGUGCUUGAAACAUGCUAGGCAUCGCCAUGUGGUUAUGUUUCAAAGGGCCUUUCUCUUAAAUGACAACAGGAUGUCCAAAUCAUUUAUGGGCAUCGUUAUGAACCAUGCUGAGGGCAACAUUGGUUCCUAUCUCAGGUGUCAACGCAGCACACAAGAGCUGGGCGCGAUCUGUGGUUGGUUCCGGUGCCUAGCCAAUGUUGUCGCUUACGUCCAUGGACUUGGUAUUACUCAUCGCGAUAUCAAGCCACCAAAUAUCUUGGUAAAAAAUGGGAGAGUCCUGCUUGCAGACUUCGGAAUAUCCAAGAUGGGCCUUGUCAAAACUAUCCCAACGACACAACUUCACGCUCCUCGUGCACAUACAAUUCGGUACGCAGCCCCUGAAGUUGAAGACGGAAGUACUCGAGGACGAUCGGCCGACAUUUUCUCUUUGGGAGUAGUAUUUUUGGAGAUGGUCGUAGCUCACUCUUAUCCAGCAAGACGGGGCCAGCUUGGGGAUAUAAUGCCAUCCAAGGCUGAACCAUCAUUCUCAACGAAAUUAGGAGGAGUACGCAGGUGGAUGAAGGAGCGCUUGCUGGAGGAAGGUCAGGGUAUGACUUGGUCACAGAGGAUUAUUCAAAUCUGUCUAGAUAUGAUGAAUAUUGAUCGAGACGAACGACCCACCAUCGAUAACGUUUAUCUCGAGAUACAAUCGGCUCAUAUCCCUAACCAGCCUGAAUGUUGUGCCAACAUGCUUGGGGUUGAAGACGUGACUAAUGACCAGAAACUACUGGAGGCAUGCAAAAUGGGAAACGGAGAUGAAGUGAGAGAUUUGGUUGACAGGGAGGGAGUGAGCCCAGGAACAGUCGGAGCACUUCAUCAAGCAUCGGCACAUGGAUUCAGCGACAUUGUGGAGUAUCUAAUAUCUCGAGGAGCUGAUGUUAACCUGAAAGACUUCAGUAACCAAAUAGCUCUCCACUGUGCAGCUGGAUAUGGUCAUAAAUCUGUUGUUGACAUUCUUCUGGAGAAGUCGGACGUGCAUUUGAAAGAUGUAUAUGGCCGGACACCACUUUUCUAUGCAUGCGGACAUGGAAACCUAGAGAUUGUUUCGCGCCUGUUCGACCAUCAAGCCGAUGCCUCAGUUCAAGAUGAUGACGGUCAGACAGCGCUUCAUUUCGCGGCUAAGGGGGCGAAGCGACCAACAUCAAACCAUGAGAAAAUCAUCCGACUACUGUUGGAAAAACAUGCUGAUGUUAAUGCCUCGGAUCGCAAAGGAAAGACGCCGCGGGACUACGCGAAGCUUAAGAAUUACUAUUGUAGGGUUAAGUUAUUAAGAGGUAAAUGGUGGAAUUUGAGGGACUAAAGUUAGGUGGCUAAAGACUUGCGCUUUAUACCCAAGUUUAACGAGGGUACCUAAUUGUACGG